AUGGACAUAAAGAAGAUAGGUACCAUAGCUUAUAUGAUAGUUAUGGUUUUCUAUGGGCUAUUCACAUUAAUUCUAAGUAUUUAAGCGUAUACAAAGUUUACUGAUACAACCUAGUAUUAUGAUAAUAUUGUUUCUAACUUAUAGUAAAUUCCUAUAGUUGAUGUAAAAAGCAAGUCAACAUAGAAUUGCGACUCCGGUUAUACCUCUUUGUUUAAUUGGAAUUGGGGAGGUAUGUCCAAUGGUUGUGAUUGCACUAAAGCAACUAACGCAAGUAUUUAGAAGAGGAUGUAUCGUGGUACCUGCUCAGCUAAUUACACUAAUUAUGGUUGUACAUAAGCUCCUGGUAUUAAUGCCUAACCUUUUAACUAUUUUGAAGGACCUGCAAACACUAAAAUGAAUGUAUGUAUAUAAAGAGGUUCAAGCUAAUACGCAUAUUAUAAGGUUGCCGAUUAGCAGAAAGGAGUUUCAUGUGUAGGUAAAAAGCUAUGCGGUAACUUAGCAUAUCCUAAAAGUGUUUUUUGUGUAGCUUUAACUGAUCCUUGCCCAGUUUAUGAUAUAUAAGUUUCUUCUACUUAAUUUGAUUCUAGAUUUGUUGGAUAUAAAGUAACUAACCUUCCUAAUGGCAAUUAUCUUUAUUAUGAUAAUCUUGGUGCAACUGCUACAAAAGAGCCUUUGAGUGAACUUAGACUAACAUAAGGAGGAGGAGUUUGUCAAUUAAUAAAUACUUAGAAGAAUCUCCCUUCUGGAUAAUAAGAUUAUGUCUUAACUAUUUCAAAUAGAACAUCAUGCUCUUCAUUUGAUCCCACAUUUGUCUAAAAUGGAUUCUCUAUACCAGAAAAUAGAUAUUUUAUGUUAAAUAUGAAUCCAACUGAUUAUACAACUCUGACUAAUUAUCCAGGAAUUUAAAUCCCAAGCUCAACUUCUCCAUUUAAUACCUUCCAAAGAAACUAUUUAUCAUGGAAUAUUCCAAACAGAAAUUUAAUGAAAGAUUUUGUGGAUGCUUCAAGCUCUCUAAAUGAUUUAAAAAGUGCUUAAUUAGUUGUAAUGAUUAUCAACAUAUUUGUUUGCAUAAUGGUAUCUAUUAUCCUUACUGUUUCAGAAGUAUAUAAUCUUAUGGGCAAAGAUGUUCCUUGUAUUGAUGGUUAAGGAGACGAAGAAUAGGCUAAAAUAAAAAAAACAAAAAAAAUACUAUCUUAUGGAGGAAAAAUUUUGCAAAUUCCUUUUCUCCUUUGGGCAUUCAUAGUCUCAGCUCAAAAAAAAGGUAUUAUUUCAUAGGUUGCUGAUGCUGCACCAAUGGAUCCCACAUUUAACUCAUAAAUAUCUUCAUUUUCAACUUAAUUAGAAGAUUAAGUUUACAAAAAGAAUUUAGCUGCCCUUAUUGUGCUUGGACUUACCAUCUUAUUAGACAUACUUUUGUUUUUGAAGUCUAAAUAUUGUUCUAAAAAGGAAGUUAAUUCUUAGGUUGAACCUGCUAAACUUAAUAUGAAUGAUGAAUAGAAACCAGUAAAUUAAAGCUAAUUCCCUAUGCAAUCAUAACCAUAAUAUUCUAAUAUACCUAUGCAAAGUGUAUAACCUGGUGUAAAUUAAGGUUAUACUACUCCAUUACCAGUUACUUAAUAACCUAGCUAUGUUUAGUAAUAACCAGUAUAUGUAUAGCCUGUAUAACAAUAACAACCAGUAUAUGUAUAACCUAUAUAAUAAUAACCAGUAUACGUCUAGCCUGUGUAAUAAUAAUAAGUUUACGUUUAACCAGUGCAAUACGUUUAACCUGCUUAACAAGUAGUCUUCGUAUAGCCAACUUAAUAACCUUAAAAUUAUUAUUGA